GGCGCCCUCUUCCCCAUGAGCGGAGGAUGGCCCGGGGGCCAGGCAUGCCUCCCUUCCGCUCAAAUGGCCCUGGACCGGGUCAACAAGAGAGCUGAUAUACUGCCGGAUUACGAGCUGGAGCUCAUACACUACGACAGCAGGUGUGAUCCAGGCGAAGCUACCAAGUUGCUGUAUGACCUUCUUUACACGGAGCCCAUUAAAGUUGUCCUGAUGCCCGGCUGCAGCUCUGUCUCCACCCUGGUGGCGGAGGCGGCUCGUAUGUGGAACCUCAUAGUGCUCUCGUACGGCUCCAGCUCCCCAGCGCUCUCCAACCGGCAGCGCUUCCCCACCUUCUUCCGCACGCACCCGUCUGCCACGCUGCACAACCCCACGCGCGUGCAGCUCUUCCAGAAGUGGAAGUGGACUAAGAUUGCCACCAUCCAGCAGACAACCGAGGUGUUUACGUCGACUCUGGAUGAUCUGGAGGGGCGGGUUAAGGAGGCUGGGAUUGAGAUCAGCGUUCGUCAGAGCUUCCUCACCGACCCAGCUGUGGCUGUCAAAAACCUCAAGCGCCAAGACGCCAGAAUCAUUGUUGGCCUCUUCUACGAGACUGAAGCCAGGAAGGUCUUCUGUGAGGUGUACAAGGAGAGGCUUUACGGCAAGAAGUACGUCUGGUUCCUCAUCGGCUGGUACGCAGACAACUGGUUUAAGAUCAAGGACCCGUCCAUCAACUGCACAGUGGAGCAGAUGACGGAGGCUGUGGAGGGCCAUGUGACCACGGAGAUAGUGAUGCUGAACCCGGAGACGGUGCGAGGGGCGUCCAACUUGACUUCACAGGAGUUUUUAGCCCAGCUGAUGUCUAAGCUCCCAGGAAAGAAUCCGGAGGAGACGGGAGGUUUCCAGGAGGCCCCACUGGCAUAUGAUGCUGUGUGGGCUUUGGCCCUGGCCCUGAAUAAGACUGUGGGGCCCCUCAAGGCCAAGGGUCGAAGGCUAGAAGACUUUAACUAUAACAACCGGGACAUCACAGCUGAAAUCUACCGGGCACUCAACACCAGCUCCUUCGAAGGAGUCUCUGGUCAUGUCGUGUUUGAUGCCCAAGGUUCUCGAAUGGCCUGGACCCUCAUCGAACAGCUCCAAGGAGGGAGCUAUAAGAAGAUUGGAUACUAUGAUAGCACUAAAGGCAAUCUGUCCUGGUACGGGAAUGACAAGUGGAUAGGCCCCGGACCCCCGGCGGACCAGACUAUGGUCAUUAAGGAGUUCCGUUACCUCUCUCAAAAGUUGUUUGUGUCGGUAUCGGUCUUUGCUGGGCUGGGAAUCCUUUUGGGAAUAGUUUGCCUCACCUUCAACAUCUACAACAGCAACGUCAGGUACAUUCAGAACUCGCAGCCCUACCUGAACAACAUGACAGCAGUGGGCUGCAUGAUGGCGCUGGCUGCUGUGUUCCCUCUGGGCAUCGAUGGUCUUCACGUCCACAGGAAGCAGUUUCCUGUCAUCUGCCAGUUUCGCCUGUGGUUGCUGGGACUGGGUUUCAGUCUUGCGUAUGGCAGCAUGUUUACCAAGAUCUGGUGGGUUCACACUGUCUUCACGAAGAAGGAUGAGAAGAGGGAUAAGAGGAAGCACCUGGAGCCGUGGAAGCUCUACGCUACGGUGGGGGUGUUGCUCGGCAUCGACGUCCUGUCCCUCGUGAUCUGGCAGAUUUUGGAUCCGCUGCACAUCACAGUCGAGAAGUUCACCAGAGAGGCCCCCAAGGGAGACCUGGAUGUCCUGAUCCAGCCUCUGCUGGAACACUGCAGCUCAGAGAAGAUGAACACGUGGCUGGGUGUGGUGUACGGCUACAAAGGGUUACUGCUGCUCCUGGGAAUUUUUUUGGCCUAUGAAACCAAGUCUAUCUCAACGGAGAAGAUCAAUGACCACCGCGCCGUGGGCAUGGCUAUCUAUAACGUUGCAGUGUUGUGUAUGAUCACGGCUCCUGUCACAAUGAUCCUGUCCUCUCAGCAGGACGCGUCUUUUGCCUUUGCCUCCUUGGCCAUCGUCUUCUCAGUCUACAUCACCCUAGUAGUGCUCUUUGUCCCCAAGAUGCGGCGGCUGAUUACAAGGGGAGAGUGGCAGUCAGACGCCCAGGAGACCACGAAGACGGGCUCCUCUACCAACAACAACGAUGAUGAGAAGUCCAGGCAGCUGGAGAGGGAGAACAAAGAGCUGCAGAAGAUUAUUCAGGAGAAAGAAGAAAGGGUGUCAGAGCUGAGACAUCAGCUGUCCGAAAGGCAAGCCGUGCGUUCACGGAGACGACCGUCCGCCACCAUCCAAAACCACAGCUCUACCCCUCUUCCCAUCCCUCAGUGCGACCGCAAGUCCCUGAUCCCGCCGCCGGGCUACCCGGUUCCUUCCUCCGACAACCACUCCGUUCCGCCGUCCUUCUCCAACUCCUCCAACCUCUACCAGCCCGAUGGGAAGAUCAGCCGCAACAACUGCCACACCAGCCGACUGCAGCUGCUGUACAAGUGA